UUUUUUUUUUAAUUGGGAAACAGAUUAUCGCUAUCUCAGUACUACUUCUGUCCUUCCUGCAGCAUUUAUUUCAGUGCAUGAAGUCCCUUGCUCAAAUAUUGGUUGCACAUUACUGCCCAGAACUAGCUUAGGAAGGCACUUUACUAUCUCAUGCAACCUUAUCUGCCAUUCCACAACUUCAUAACAAACCCAUUGGAACAUGAAAUGACCUUGGAAAGGUAUCUUUCAAUCUGACACGAAGCAUUCUCUUAACGGGGAACAGCACUGCUCCACAAAGAACUGAUGUUUUCAAAUUGAUGCUUCUAAACUGAUUUUAUUGUUUUUUUUUAAAGAGGGAAGGGAGAUGGUGGAAUAUUGAAUUGGAAAGGAAAAUAUUUUUUUAAAAACAAACCCACUCAGCUGAAGUUGAAGCACCACUCAGCUUUAGAAGAAGGUUUUAAGAGGAGGUAUUAAGAAUGUACGUAUGAUAGUGACACUUAAGUCUAGGGUGAAAACAAGUCUUUAAUUUUAAUCAAAGGAAAACAGCAUUUUCUCUGCCAGUUCUGAUUUGCUCAUUCAUAAGAUCUUCAAAAGCCCAAAUUAUUAGUGGGACUAAUUGAAAGCUAGUUGGGUGUGUCAAAUGGAGAAAAGAAGUGAUGAAGUCAGAAGGAAGCAUUACAUUUAGUUGUAUUGUUCUUGAUAUCAGAAUGUGAUGCUUCUAUAUGGAAAAUAUUCCAGGACCCUUUCAGUCCCCAAAAUGCUACUCCUUUGGAAAGGCUGCAAGAGCACUUGAGAAUCAGCAGCAGUCAAGGGGGAGUCUUGCAGCUGUCAGGGGAAUUAAUGGAGGAGGUGCCUGGCCAGUAAGCUAAACGGGAUUGUGGCCCAGAUGUCGGACUUGACACAUCAGGCCUUGCAAAAGGGCGGUGAGUGCUUUCGUGGCCAUGGUGUUUUUACCUCUCAUGAAGAUGGUGCCUCCUGUAGAGCAGUGCCGAGUCCCAGCCUCGGGAGCUCAGGGUGUGAGUGCCACCUGCUGGGUGAUGAGCCACUUUAUAGCAAUUAUACAUAUGCAUGUAUGCAUUUCUGUUUGCAUACAUAUGCUGUGUUUAUGUAUGUGUUUAUUUGCACACAGGUGUACAGUUUUUCCACAGACAUGUUCUUGGGAGAAACUAUGAAACCUUGCUAAGACCUGAAGUUGCUCACCUUCUGAGGACUUAGCACAGUUUGUACUUGGUUACUAUUUAUUACUCAAAUGGCACUUGGGCUUUGUAUUCUAGGGGUAGAGGGGAAAUUUUGAUACUGCUGACAUUUAAUGCUGCCUUUGUUUUACUGAAGGCAACUGGGAAUUUUCAGUUGUAUAGCUCAUGGCUUGUGGUGUGGUAAGCUUUCACAAGCACCUCAAAGGUCAGAUAGCAGGCUGGCAAGGUAGACCUGAAAUGGAGGCCCAACAAACCAAACUCAACUUUGUGGUGUAUCAUUUGAAUGUAAAAUCUUCAUGGCAUUGCUGAUUACAUCUUUUUUUCAUCUUAACUCACAUAUGUCCAAAAGAUUUAUGAGCAUCCCUCCUGGAUACGAAAUGUUGCUUGUCAUUUAAAUUAACUGAAGACCUAUAGAACUUGCAGAAUAUCGCUGAACUUUUUUUUUUCCAUUUUAAAGAAUACAUUUUUCAUAUUCACUCUCUAACGCAUAGAAGAAUAAAAUGUAACAGUUUGAUUCUGACCUAGAAUUGCUACUGAAGAUGACACAAUAAAUCCAAAUCUGACAUCAUUCCCAGCAAUGAUUUUCCGAUUUCCACUAGCUUCCACCUCUCCUAGCCUGCUGCAGCAUUGGCUGGAAUGAUGUUUAAACACCAGUUUGAUUCAGCUGGAUGCAGAGUGUAUCAGUUGCAGCACCAAGGCCUGUAAUUGUUCUGUGCUGUACUGACAGCAUUAGGGAAAGAUGCAGCCCUGGGUACUGGGGCUUUGUUGGACAGCUAACCUCAUUAAGGCUUUAUUGCUUACUUGUUUUGUGGUGUGCUGCUGCCAGAUAAGUCUUUUACCGUGUCUGUGGAUUAGGAGUGGUUCCAAGCUGAACUAUAAAAGUUUUCAGGAAACUUUCAAAUGCUUUCGGCUGGAAAACCUAUAUUGAUAUACUCUUGUGAUAAAUGGAUAAAACGCUUCACAUGGUUUUGAAAGCAUAUUCUACCAUUUGAGAUCUGUACUUUCAAGAGUGUGUAACAGUCAGGAAUAAGUUGAUGGAGCAAAAAGCAAGUGGUGUAAUUUCAGAGUUCAUCUUAAAGUGUGAUUCUAGCCAAAAAAAAAGCACCUGCCAUACCAAGAGGGAUUACAAGAUAGGCUUUUGAGGAAGGGGACCCAAUAAUAAUGCAGAACUCAAGUUCACUGUCCCCUAAAACGUUCACAGUUAAUUUGAUGCUUGACAAAUUGUGAUUUCAGUGUCUGGUGAAGAAGCAAUUGACCCUAAAAUUGCUGCCUGAAGCUGAACUAACGUUUUCAGUUUCAUAACCAGUGUCAUGCAAAAAUAGUAUGUGAAGAGGAACAGGGGAAAUGCAGAAUGUCUCUCUGGUCUUGCUCUUAUGUAUCUCUCCUCCCCCUGACCCAAGCAACUGACAUGUAGUGUAGGCAGUGGAUGCUGCUGCAAUGCUCAAGGCAAUUUACAUCUCAUUCAUUCAUCCAUCCCAUUAUGGCAUAUUGUGACUUCCCCCCUCACAAACCUUCUGAGCUGAUAAUGGAAAUCUGCCCCUUAUAACAUGUCAAACUUCAACAACCACCUAUGGUUUUCACUCAGAAGUGUAUCUGCAGUAUUGCCAAUGGGCACGCUGCUCUCCUGUCCCCUCACCAUUCCAAAUAAUGCAGUUCAGCAGCUCUCCUGCACGAAUUCUGCCAGCUCUGAGUCAUCCAUACAUUUUUGUUUUGUUCCUUCCUUGUGUUUUUGCACACCACAUUUCCCGCCAUUCCCACCUACUCAACAUCUGCUUUCAUGUGACCUCUCAUAUCCUGAUAAAUUCAUUAACGUUAAGCUUGCUCCAUGCCACCAUCAAAAUCUCACUUUCCUUAAUAUGAAGUCCUGUGUCCAGUCAGGGGACUCAAUGGCCUUUACAGUCCUUGGGAGAACCUUGGAGUUCUGUCUGCUCCAGUAAAAAUGUUCUCCCAGUAAUCUCAGCUUCCCUUGCAGAGGUAAAAGACAGGUAAUAUCUUGAGGGCAAUCUGUAACUACAGUCACACUGACAGUAAUGGUGCAUGGUUGCAGCUCUGGGGAAGGAUUGGGGUACACAAGACUGACAAGAGAAAUCAGAAAUGAAGGCAAAUCUUUUGCAAUCUCUUUUACCUUUCCUCUCCAAUAUUCUUCACAUAAAGGCACUGGAAAGGCUCCUAUUGUAAAAGCACUCCUACAAAAACAGCAACAACAACAAAAAAAAGUUGUUUGCUAGCAAAGUGGUAAAUAUGUGAGCAAUCAUCUUUGUUUUUCUGCAGCCUUUCGGGCUGUCUUAUUAAUGGGCCGUGAAGGCUGAGGAGGAGGUAACUCAUCAGCCAUUAUCCAUGGAGUAGGGGGGAGCUGCAAAUUAGUUGCUUGUGUCAGUUUCAUUUUCUUUUUUGACACCAACAGAUAAAUUUGCCUUCAUAUGGGCAUAGCUUCUGCAGAGAUCAAAUCGAAACCAUAUCAGGGGCUGUGCUGGUGACUCACUGCCCUCCUGAAUUGUCUGGAGAUUUAUGGAGGUGAAAAUGCUGCUCUGGCCUCAGGCCCCUUUGCUGGGACCCAGCAGAAGAGCAUUGACUUGUGAGGAUGACUGUUCCUGAGAGCGAUUGUUUUGGAGAAUUUGGAUGGCUGACACAUGUGAAUUGAGAAGACAUAUCCCAAUCUGUUGGAAGAGACUUUGCAAUGGCCUUUGGCUUUUUGUUAUCUUGUCAGCCUGGGUCUGGUGAUCAAUCUGAUGGUCACAGAGCUGCUGGGAACUGAUGACAGCAUUUCCUUCUCUGCCUCCUGUCCUUCCACUGCAGGCUUCAUCAGUCUCCUUGCCUGCUUGUCUGUGCUCAGGACCUUGUGCACUUGCUGAACUUGCACAUGCAAUUGAUUUCUCUAGUCAAAAGAAGAGCACGCCUUUGUCUACCCUUACAUACACACAUGCAGUUGUUUAGGUCCACCCAUAGCACUUGGCAUUUUGUACUGAUCUCUUUGAAGCAUUUUCUCUCCAAAGGAAUAAUAAUGAAAAAACUCCAACCAAACAGAAGAGCAAAAAAAAAAACCCAAAUGCUAAAUUGGUCGACUGUUUUGGAACAGUUGCCAAAAGAAAUCAAUGCUGAGCCUGGGAAAGCUGUAAAAUUCUUUCUUGGGUUUUUAUUGGUAGGAGAGAAGUGACACACACUGAGUUUGGUCACUCAGACACUGUUCAAAGUCCAAAGUGAAGAAAAAAGUUGUUUCAGCUUGGGUGUUCUUGAUGGUUUGCAGAUGUGUAACAGUGCGUAGAUACUCAGCUGUGGGGUAGGCUGCAGGUCCCCUUAAUUGCAAAGAAUAAAUUACAAAUCCCCCAUCCUUGACUGAGUAUUCUGAAACUGAACAGUCACUGUGGUGACUUUGCCUUACUUCCUUGCCAAAUGUUACAUCUCCUCAUUAAGGAUUUCAAAAUGUCAGCAGGAUAAGAGAAAAUAUUAUACUUUUUGCUAUUUGUGAUAUUGCACACCUGUUACUGCCUGAUAGGGGAAGUACAGUAAAGGGCUUGUUUUUUCUUAAAAAGAUAUUUUACCCCCCUCACAAAAUGUUCCUUCUGAGUUCAGCCUUGACAGAUCUUUAUUAGACUGUAUUUAUUAUUCUUUUAUUAACAUUGAUAUUGUGGUAUCUUUUAUUUCUUUUUAGAGUAAAUUGGAAAGUGGGGUAUUGUUUAUGUUCAGUCCAUUUAAUGAUUUACCUGAAACUGCUUUGUAAGGCAGAUUUAACAGAAAGCAGUAGUGUUGUGUUGUUCAUUGAAUCUCAAGAGGUUUUUUUUUUUCUUCUUUUUCCCUUCGUUUUUCUGCUGAUGGCUAUGACUGCUGAAACCAUGGACAUCACAAACUGGAUGAAUGGCUGCCUCCUGGAAUAUGGAUAAUUUUGAAUAACCAACCAUGACUACAGAAUCGGGAUCAGACUCCGAGUCCAAGGAUAAAGAGCAGGAUCAGGAGGAGAGCCGUGCUCAGGAAGGGGCGGCAGAGACCCAGCCACAGGACCAGCAGCAGCAGCAGCAGCCACAGCAGCAGCAGCCGAGUGAAGAACAACAAACCGAGCUCGAGCAGUUCUCGGCCGUGGCAGCACACAGCACGCCAGUGAGGAAGGAGCAGGCCACAGAGAAAGAACAGGAGUUUGCUGCUGCGAGUGCGAAACAGCUAGAAUAUCAGCAGCUAGAGGACGACAAGCUCUCUCAAAAAUCUUCAUCUAGCAAACUUUCCAAGUCUCCUCUAAAGAUUGCCAAGAAACCGAAAAAUAUGCAAUGCAAAGUGACGCUCCUGGAUGGAUCGGAAUACGCGUGUGAAGUAGAGAAACGUUCCAGAGGUCAAGUGCUAUUCGACAAAGUGUGUGAGCAUCUGAACCUUCUGGAAAAAGACUAUUUUGGGCUAACAUACAGAGACACAGAAAACCAAAAGAAUUGGUUGGACCCUGCCAAGGAAAUCAAGAAGCAGAUUCGAAGUGGUGCUUGGCAGUUUGCAUUUAAUGUGAAAUUCUACCCUCCAGACCCUGCCCAGCUAUCUGAAGACAUUACCAGGUACUACCUCUGCCUGCAGCUGAGAGAUGACAUCGUUUCGGGUCGGCUGCCCUGCUCGUUCGUCACGCUGGCCCUGCUGGGCUCCUACACCGUGCAGUCGGAGCUCGGCGACUACGACCCCGACGAGUACGGCAGCGACUACAUCAGCGAGUUCCGCUUUGCCCCAAACCACACGAAGGAGCUGGAGGACAAAGUGAUCGAGCUGCACAAGAGCCACAGGGGAAUGACACCUGCAGAAGCUGAGAUGCAUUUCCUGGAGAAUGCCAAAAAACUAUCAAUGUAUGGAGUAGAUCUCCAUCAUGCCAAGGAUUCCGAAGGAGUGGAAAUCAUGCUAGGAGUGUGUGCAAGUGGACUCUUAAUAUAUCGAGACAGACUCAGAAUAAAUAGAUUUGCCUGGCCAAAGGUUUUGAAAAUUUCCUACAAGAGGAACAACUUCUACAUCAAAAUCCGACCAGGAGAGUUUGAGCAGUUUGAAAGCACUAUUGGGUUUAAGUUGCCAAAUCAUCGUGCUGCAAAGCGCUUAUGGAAAGUAUGUGUUGAACACCAUACAUUUUUCAGGCUCCUGCUGCCAGAAGCACCUCCAAAGAAGUUCCUCACGCUGGGCUCCAAGUUUCGCUACAGUGGGCGGACACAGGCCCAGACGAGAAGAGCCAGUGCCCUCAUAGACCGUCCUGCACCCUACUUUGAGCGGUCCUCCAGCAAACGCUACACCAUGUCUCGCAGCUUGGAUGGGGCAUCAGUGAAUGAAAACCAUGAAAUGUACAUGAAGGAUUCUGUGUCUGCUGCAGAGGUUGGUACUGGCCAGUACGCCACAACAAAGGGCAUCUCUCAGACCAACUUGAUAACCACUGUGACUCCAGAGAAAAAGACAGAAGAGGACAAAGAUGAUGAAGAGGGCAAAAAGAAGAGAGCAGAGGAAGUCACCCCGAUUUCAGCAAUACGCCAUGACACCAAGCCAUCUUUGCUUGGCACUGACUCCCACCACUCCUCGCCAUCCUCUCAGCCUGGCCCCCAUGUAUCUUCAGCCAAGCUUCGCAGGAGAUGCAAGGAGAGCACUCGGACAAAGUCCUUAGGCUGUGAGGCCCCCAAAGAGAGCGCUCCCAAACACAGCGAGUCGGAGCCAGACUCUGACAGGAAGGGGCGAGUUUGCUCCGCCGAGCAGGACAUGGCUUUUGGCUACAAGCAGAAAGCUGGCAAAGGCGGAACACUGUUUUCCUUCUCCUUGCAACUUCCAGAGUCAUUUCCUUCCCUCCUGGAUGACGAUGGCUACCUGUCGCUCCCUAACCUCUCCGAAACCAACCUCCUGCCUGCCAGUGUGCAGCACUACCUCCCCAUCCGCUCCCCCUCCCUCGUGCCUUGCUUCCUCUUCAUUUUUUUCUUUCUGCUCUCUGCCUCUUUCUCAGUGCCAUACGCCCUCACUCUCUCCUUUCCUCUGGCUAUGUGCCUCUGCUACCUGGAGCCCAAGGCGGCCUCCUUGAGUGCCUCACUUGCCAAUGACCUGAGUGACAGUUCAGAGGAAGAGACUGACAGUGAGCAGACGGAUACUGCGGCUGAUGGUGAGACCACUGCCACCGAGUCGGAUCAAGAGGAGGACGGAGAUCUAAAGGCACAGAAUAGUCUGAUUAAGCGAAUACAGGGUGAAAAUGUGUAUGUCAAACAUAGUAAUCUUAUGUUAGAGGAUCUAGACAAAACCCAGGAAGAUCUGAUGAAACAUCAGACCAAUAUAAGCGAGUUGAAACGCACCUUCUUGGAAACAUCCACAGAAACGACUGUGUCUAAUGAGUGGGAGAAGAGGCUUUCCACAUCUCCCGUUCGGCUUGCAGCAAGGCAGGAGGAUGCUCCUAUGAUUGAACCACUAGUGCCUGAAGAGACCAAAGAAGAAACAGAAAAAUCAGAAAAACUCAUAUUUUUGCAGAAGGGAGGUACUACAUUCCUUGAAAUGCAGACUAAACAGUCCACCAGUGAAAAAACCUUGGAUGGUUCAGAUAUCUUCACUUUUAUAGAGUCCGCCAGAAAACCGACUGAGUUCAUAGGAGGGGUUACUUCUACUUCUCAUAGCUGGGCUCAGAGAAUAGAAACGACGACGUCUCAGGAGAUAACUUCCAGUGACAUGAAGCAAGCAGUUCAGCCGGAUCAGGAUGCAGUGCAGAAGGUUGUACAGGAGACUGUAGUGGUCAAGGAGAGACAUGGGAUGGAGGUGCAUGCAGGCGGGGAUCCUGCUAAAGUGGCCGGACUUACGCUGGAUGCCCAGGCUGAGGCAGCAUCGGCGGUGGCUGCUGGCGUGAAAGGGAAGGAGGGCUCUGCUGGGACUGAGGGGGCGAAGGAGGAAAAAAGGGAGGAGGCUGGGAAAGCCCAAACCAAACUGGAAGGAGUCGCUGCCGCUGCUUCGAGUGAGCAGGCGGAGGAGCACAGAACAACAGUCCAACUUUCAGAGUCUUUGGAAAGAAAACCUCAUUUUGAGUCGCCAGUUGUGAAGACUGAGACUAUAAGUUUCAGCAGUGUUCCUGCUGGUGGGGAAACCCUUGAAAUUUCAACAAAGGAAGUGCCAGUAGUCCAUACAGAAACAAAAACUAUUACAUAUGAGUCUUCUCAGGUGGAUUGCGGUGCUGACUCUGAACCAGGUGUAUUGAUGAGUGCACAAACUAUCACAUCUGAAACCACCAGCACUACAACUACUACACAUAUCACCAAAACUGUGAAAGGAGGCAUCUCAGAGACAAGAAUUGAAAAACGAAUAGUCAUCACAGGAGAUGCAGAUAUUGAUCAUGAUCAGGCGCUGGCUCAGGCAAUUAAAGAAGCCAAAGAGCAGCACCCUGACAUGUCAGUGACCAAAGUAGUGGUACAUAAAGAGACAGAAAUCACACCAGAAGAUGGGGAGGAUUGACCACAGGAAUAACCUAGAAUGCAUAUGAAUCCAGACAUGCAUACCAGUAGGAAUACGAGAGCCUAUACGGAGUCUCAGUUCCAACCUGACUGACUUGUAUCUGUCUAUGGAAAAUUUCAGUACAGAAGAAUUGAUCUUGACCGUUAAUAAAGAAACUGGCAGAGAUACCUUCCCAUAGAAAGCAAUCUGAAUCAGCAGCAGUUAAACAAUAUUGCAUGAAGCAACAAUAAAAUUACAGAAAAGCAGCAUUUUUAAUUUUCUUAAAAUGUCUAAGUUUUCAGCUUUACCUGCACGUUCAUAAACAAUAUAAACAGUGAUCUCAUGUAACACAUAAACAGUUCAUGCCUUUCACGGUUUCUGAAAGUCUAAACAAAUUAAAAUUUGUUAGGUGGCAAGCCUUUUGUUUACAGAUAUUGUAAAUGAAGAUUACCCCCCAAAUACUAGAGGCUGUAUAGGUACUGUGUAUAAUGUUUUAUCACACAUUAGAUGUGCCAAUAACACAGUUUAUUCAGUAAACAACUUGAAUCUUAUAUUUGUUUCAUCUGGUUUUAUUACUGCCCGAUAAACAAUGAUGAAUCUUUACUCUUAUCAAAACAUAUAAAUGCUUACAAAGUGUGCUUUGUAUACCUGACUGAAUACCUUAUGAGGUAGUAAUGAUUUUAGUAUAUUAACUUUAAUGAUUUUUGUCAGCAUUGUUCAGAGUCAGCUUCCAGUCACCCUUCACAGAUCCUAACCUUGUAAAUUAUAUGUAGUUAUUUUGGAGAAAAAAAAAAUCUGUAUUUUACUUAGUUUGCAGCUUUAGAAAAUUAUUAAUCUGAAAUAACCGUGAUGGUUUUCUAUUGAUUUCCCUUUUGUUCUCAGAGGAAAAAAAAAUCUGUUUGAGAAUCUGGUCAGCAUUUACUAUCUAGUUCUGAGUCAAGCCUUAACCUGUACAGAACGUCCACUGAAAACUCGCUAGUGUCCAGCUCUAAUACCCACGGAAGGGAUAGCAUCCAUUACACUGUCAGCUGCAUCACAACACAUGGUGAAUGUAUGUUUCUGCAUAGUGAAAUAAAAGUGGUAAAUGCAUCUGAAAUUGUAUUGUUCUGUGUCUAAAAGCACCUAGUGGUCUUUAGUAUUCAAAACAUCAAAAUGUUAUGUUUGUAAGACACCACAGGUUUUACUCAUGUGCACAGUAGAUGUGUUUUGUCUUCAGUGGCUGACACUGCACUGUGCAGACAGUGGGAGUUAGCAGAGAAUCCGAAGGGGUGACAGUGUUCAUCUUUGGGCAUAUGAUGUUUGUGAAGGAAAAGGACUGUUUGGCUCCUUCUGCUUUCUCUGGUUGUGUAACAUUUCACCGAAGCUAAAUGAAGAAUUUUGUUGUUGCUUAGAAAGUAAAGGCCAAUAGCACUUGAUCCAGAUCCACUCUCUUUUUGUACUUUGGCUCUGAAAUAUGGAUAAAAUACUCUUUAAAGAAG